GGGCCGAACAUAACGGGUCAAAUUAAAAUGAAACGUAGGUUUUAGAAGGGUUUUAGGCGGCUGCAUAAAUCUCACACAAAAAUACACUCUCUCUCUCUCUGUAUCUAUAGCUCUAUGAUUCACUAUCAUCACAUUUCAUCACAAUAAUUUGAUUAUUCGUGUUGUUAGCAACUCUAGAGUUUUGAUUUUUAUCACUCUUUUGAGUAAUUUUUUUUGGUUGAAGAUGUGGAGAAGCUUGGGCCACAAAUCCUUGAAAAAGAUCAAAUUUUUGUCAUCUGAUUCUUGCUCCAUUUCACAUAAAUCUUUAGUGGGUUUCCAUGAUUCAUUGAUUUUUGGUAAAAUUAGGAGUUUUGGUGACAGCCCUUGUGGUGUAAGUCGCUUUUGGCUGGAUCAAGCAUCUUAUCAAACAGGUGGUGUGCAUAGGUUUUGUUCGGGGCAUUCGAUUAUCAAUGCAGGGAGUUUUGGGAAUUGUAGGGGUUUUGAUAGUGCGGCGGAGGCUGUUGUUUCUACGGAAGAUGAGAGUGAUGAAGUUCAAGAAUUGAUUAAUCAGAUGGCGCGAGAAAUUAAGGUUGUGAAGCAGCCUAAAUUAGUUGGGGAAAUUGCGCAGGGGAAGUAUUAUAUAUUAAGGAGAAGGCAGAUUAAAAUGGAGACGGAGGCGUGGCAAGAAGCAGCUAAGGAGUAUCAGGAGCUUGUUGAGGAUAUGUGUGAGCAGAAAUUGGCACCCAAUUUGCCGUAUAUGAAGUCGUUGUUCCUUGGUUGGUUUGAGCCGUUAAAGAAUGCCAUUGCUGCUGAUCAAGAAUCGUGCGUUGAAGGGAGGCAUAAGACCGCUUAUGGUCCGUAUUUUGAUCAGUUGCCUGCUACUAUGAUGGCGGUUAUUACGAUGCAUAAGUUAAUGGGAUUGUUGAUGACUGGAGUGGGUAGUAAUAGUGGUUGUAAGGUGGUUCAUGCUGCUUGUCAGAUUGGUGAAGCUGUUGAGCAUGAGGUUAGAAUACAGAACUUCCUAGAUAAGACCAAGAAAAAGUCUGCUUUAACUAAGGAUUUAGAUAAGGAAUCUGAUUCUCCUACCGAACAGCAAGAGAAACUGAGAAAAAAGGUUACUAACCUCAUGAAAAAGCAAAGGCUGCAUCAAGUAAGAUCAAUAGUAAAAGAACAUGAUCAUGGAAAGCCGUGGGGCCAGGAAGCUCAAGUCAAGGUAGGAUCCCGUCUGAUUCAGUUGUUGAUGGAAACAGCGUACAUACAGUCUCCAGCUGACCACUCAGAAGAUGGUCCACCUGAUAUUCGACCUGCGUUUGUACACAAUCUAAAAACUGUGGACACUCGGAAAGGCAGCAGGAGGUAUGGAGUUAUUGAGUGUGACCCACUGGUGCGGAAAGGCCUGGAGAAAACUGCUAGGCACAUGGUAAUUCCGUAUAUGCCGAUGUUGGUUCCUCCAACAAAUUGGACAGGGUAUGACAAAGGAGCAUAUUUAUUUUUACCGUCCUAUAUAAUGCGUACUCAUGGAGCAAAACAACAGAGAGAGGCUGUUAAAAGAGUUCCAAAGAAGCAAAUAGAACCCAUUUUUGAAGCUCUAAACACUCUUGGCAAUACCAAAUGGAGGGUAAACAAGAAGAUUCUUGAUAUUGUAGACAGAAUUUGGGCUAGUGGAGGCCGCGUUGCUGAUUUGGUUGACCGUGAUGAUGUUGAUCUGCCCGAGGAACCGGACACUGAAGAUGAAGCAGAAACUAGGAAAUGGAGGUGGAAAGUUAAAGGAGUAAAAAAAGUGAACAGUGAGAGGCACUCACAGAGGUGCGACAUUGAACUUAAACUUGCGGUUUCACGGAAAAUGAAGGAUGAGGAGGGCUUCUACUACCCACACAAUCUAGAUUUCCGUGGCCGUGCAUAUCCCAUGCAUCCAUAUCUAAACCAUCUUGGUUCUGAUUUAUGCCGAGGAAUCCUGGAGUUCGCAGAGGGACGCCCUCUUGGCGAGUCGGGCUUACGCUGGUUGAAAAUACACUUAGCAAAUUUAUAUGCUGGUGGUGUGGACAAGUUUUCUUAUGAAGGACGAGUAGCGUUUACUGAAAAACACUUGGAUGAUAUAUUUGAUUCUGCAGACAGGCCUCUUGAUGGAAAACGGUGGUGGCUGAAGGCAGAAGAUCCUUUUCAGUGCCUGGCAACAUGCAUUAAUUUGUCUGAAGCAUUACGAAGCUCUUCUCCUGAGAGUACCUUAUCUUAUAUACCCAUCCACCAGGAUGGUUCAUGUAACGGGUUGCAACACUAUGCUGCCCUUGGCCGGGACAAGUUAGGAGCAGCUGCAGUCAAUCUUGUUGCUGGAGAGAAGCCGGCUGAUGUUUACUCUGGAAUUGCUAAUAGAGUCCUUGAUAUCAUGCGGAGGGAUGCCGCAAAAGAUCCUGCAAGCAAUCCAAAUGUAUUGCGGGCAAGACUUUUAAUAAACCAGGUGGACAGGAAACUGGUGAAGCAAACAGUGAUGACUUCAGUAUAUGGCGUCACUUACAUUGGAGCACGUGAUCAAAUUAAGAGGAGAUUAAAGGAACGCGGCCUUAUUGAAGAUGAUAAUGAAUUGUUCGCUGCAGCUUGUUAUGCUGCAAAAACUACCUUGACUGCCCUGGGAGAAAUGUUUGAAGCUGCCAGAAGUAUAAUGAGUUGGCUUGGUGAUUGUGCAAAGGUCAUAUCAAUGGAGAAUCAGCCAGUUCGAUGGAUUACUCCUCUUGGGCUUCCGGUCGUGCAACCUUACCGCAAACUAGGGAGGCAUUUAAUUAAGACCUCUCUUCAAGUUUUAACACUACAGCGCGAAACUGAUAAGGUCUUGGCUAGGCGGCAGAGAACAGCAUUUCCUCCAAAUUUUGUUCACUCGCUCGAUGGAACGCACAUGAUGAUGACUGCCAUUGCUUGUAAAGAAGCAGGCUUGAAUUUUGCAGGAGUUCAUGAUUCCUACUGGACGCAUGCAUGUGAUGUUGACAAAAUGAACAUUAUUCUUAGAGAAAAAUUUGUUGAACUCUAUGAAGCGCCAAUACUAGAGAAUUUGCGGGAUAGCUUUCAGAAGACCUUCCCCGAAUUAAAUUUUCCUCCCUUGCCAGAACGGGGUGAUUUUGAUUUGAAAGAGGUGUUGAAAUCUCCUUACUUCUUCAACUAAUUAUGAACAACUUCAUUCCAUGUACCGGCUUAUUUCUUUUGUGCUGGUUCUUUAGUAUACCUCAUACUGGUAUACAGUUUAGAUCCGGUCCUUGGUGAUUCCUUCGCCACCAUCAUCGAGUGGCCUAUUGAUAGACAUUCCUGGAGUUUAGAGCAUCAGUCUGAGUUAGAACCCUCAACUGCCACGCAUUUGGACCUAUUAACUGGAGCUCCAUGGAACACCUUUAGACGCAGAGUGUCUUGUACAUUAUUUACAGAGAAGAUAUCUUUCAAACUGUUAGAUGUCCGAUAUAGGUAUAGUAAUGAUCACUUGGUUUUGAACCUGCUACGGGCAGAAGGAAAAUUUGAUUAGCAGAUGGAUGGCCACACUGUGGAGAAUUUUUUUACUAAAGUUUUGAGAUCUUGGUGGUAUAAGAUGAAAAUCAUUCAUGAUAAAUUUCUUGGUGCACAAACUUCAACGACAGGAGCCUUCAUAAUGCCUUCGCUUUGGACAUCGAUGCUUCCGGGAUCUGGGGAGAAUGUGCAAUGGCCUGUGUUUUGGGGUGGCUUCUGCAUUUUGUAAUUGUAAAUCUUGCUUCUGUAACAAAAAAUGCCUCCCCAGAAAGAGAGCUAUUGUUAAGUAAACGAAAAUAGAAUAGGUUAUCCUGUUGUAUACUUGUAUCUCAGUGAAUUAACAUGUGCUGCAGCAUUGCCAUGUAUCAAGAUUUUUGAAUAAGAAGAAAAUGUUAUACUUAUCAGUUGAGGUCUUUGGAA